AUGGGUCGCCGAGAGAGAAAUAGUAGAUGGGAUGAGGACGAAGAGCCGCCGUCAAAGUUGGUUUUUUUUUCUUUAUUGUUCCUAUGUUUUAACGCGUUGGUAGAGUUGGGCAAAAGAUUCUAGGAAUUCUUUGACCGUUUAUAAAAAAGUGGACAAGGGCUCUAGUACGCUGCAUUUUUGCGUCUAUUUUUCAACCUUUAUUGAGCCUUCAAAACUUCAGCGAAUUGACAGGUUUGAUGAUUUGCGCAAAACGAAUUUCAUUCAAAGCUCUUUUGGCGCCCGUUUUUGGCUCUUCCGAAUGGUCAGAGUGAUCUCUCAUCGGAUUUACGUUACACUGAAUAAUAAACAUGACUAAAUUGGUGAAAAAAUACUUAACUACUUCUUUCAAGGAUAAAACCGGCAGAAGGCAACUCGAGUAGGCCGACUCACCACAUUCCUUCAAGAUGGGACUAUGACAGCGACGAAGAGGCGUCUCGUAAUCAUCGCAGAAGCCGUGACGACAGCAGAUCUGACGAUGUUAGUCAAUUUUUCAUGAUUUGAGCAUGUAUUGCUCGAGUUAUGAUUCAAUUUUUCUAAGCGGCAAGAAAUGUUCUCGGUUCGGAGAAAGAUCAAAAAAAACGACAGAAAAAAGAGCCCCAUGAAUUACUUUAUACCCCAAGUUUCAUGUUCAUUUGGCACCAAAAAGUCCCAGUCUCAGAACUCUUUUCGAUUAAAAUAAUUUUUUUUUUCUUUAUCCUUUUAAUUUUUUGAAUAAUAAAAGAAGAUUUUCUGCUUACGAAUACUUAGAAAAGCCGGUUUUCUAAAAAGUAUUACUUUCGAAAACGGUUAAAUUUUUUUCGAAGAGGUUUAAUACGUGUAGGUUAAGUUUAUGUAUUUAUCUGCUGGAUGUUGUACGUAUUCAUAUUUUUAGUCUUCAUUCUUUUUUUUUGCGUUUUUUAUCCACUUUUUUAUUUUGAUAUUUCAAUACUUAUCUUUUUUUGCCGCUUUUUAGCAGGAGGAAAGCCAAUCAAGGCACGUCGACAUGGAUAUUACCCGCAGUCGCUCAGUUUCACCAGAUAGGGAAAGAGGUGAUCUGUGAUGUUGAAUGUAAGUCAUCAACUAAUGAUUGAAGACAUUCCGAACGGUAUAAGAGACGCCGAAGAUUCGCGAAAUCGCUCUUCGGCUAGGUCUUUCUCACCAAAACUUGAUUCGCAACAGGAAACCGAUCCUUCAUUUCAAAAGUAGGUUAUCCUUUUCCUAUGUUUUCUUUUUUUUUGCUCACUGAGUUUUAGAAGUCUUGAUUUUUUUUUCUUUUUCAAGUUUUAUGAAGUUUAUAUCGUCUCAAAUUAUCACAGUUUAUUUUUUAAUCUUUCGCAAGUACUGUUGUUCAUUCAGGCCUCAUUCAGAACACGUUUCUUCCAAUUUUCGUGUUUUCAGAAAUAUUAUUCAUAUUUGGAACAGGUCAAUCUUGCCGUUCGCUGAUCCAGACGAAAUCCGCGAUGGCAUCGUUUAUGAGAGCGAUGUCUACUCAGAUGUGACGCAUUUUUUGUUUUUUUGUUAUCCGAAAUAUUGACUUUUCAGUUCCUAGAGUAUUGGAUGGCUUUUAUACAAUCGAAAUGCGCCAGCAUGAAAAUGAAAAGUGUUCCUGAAAAACCGAUGGAAACCAUCACAGGUUGGAUUCAUUUUUUUUUUCGAAUUAUAAAGGUUUGAUGAAGUCAUUAUAAUUUCCUCGGCCAUCUAUCCAUAUGAAUUCUUUUUGAGUCGGUUAGCUAUCAAUAUUUUGAAAAAAAAUGUUUGAGCAUUUUUUCAAAGCUCUGUCAAAAAAAAGGCUACUUCACUUUGUGGUCAAAAAUUUCCUUAAUUUUGGGAGAACAAGAAUAUUCUGGAAGUCUCAAUCUGCACAACUUUCUAGUCUUCACGAAAGAGCCCCUCAAAGUCAAAGAAAAUCCGUUAAAUUCGAUUAUUUUCGAGCUCUGGUCCCUUAUUCAUCGUGAAACAGAAAGUUGGGCAGUUUGAGACUUUCAAGGCCUUCCUCUGAGACAUCAAGAGGUGUUCUGAUCAAUUUUAAGAAAAUUGGUGGUAUGAAAAAAAGAUCAAUUUUCCGAUUUUUUCAUAUCGCUAGGGAACUUUCCGACUUUUUUCCCAUAUAUUAUUCGGUUUAUGAAACAUUAUUAACAUCUUUUUUUCCUAUUUCUUUGUGUUUUAAUCAUGAAUAACUAGUCUACUUUAUAUAGGAUGUUUCAUAACGAAAAUUAUAUCGAGAAGUCGGAAAAAGAUUCGGCGGAAAGGUGGCCGUCGGAAAGUUCCCUAGCGAUAUGAAAAAAUCGGAAAAGUCGCCGUUCGAAUUUUUGCUGGUCUUUUUUUUCAUACCACCAGAAAAUUCCCAUUCGCAACGACUUACCUUGUUAGUUGAAAAAAGAGCAAUUAAGAAAAUUUGAUUGAAUUGAAAUAUAUGAAGUUUGGUGGUUUUAUGCCGUUUUUUUCAGAGAUUUUUAAAAUUCAUAGUGGUUAAUUCUCUUUUUAUUUUUUUUUUCAAAUCGUGUCGAUGGAAAAAAAGUACCCUGUGUCAAUAAGGUAAUGUUUUACCAAGACGGAAGAAUUUUUUUUUGUCUGUUUUCUGAACAACGCGGAAGUCACACGUUUCGUCACAUCAGGAAGCAUUCUCGUGGAUUUUCUGGACCAAUUUGUCCUUCGAGAGAACAUUCGACGACAGGAAUCUCGAAUUUUUUGAAACUAUAACACGGAAGGAUUCUUCCUGGAUUUUGAGGGAAAGCCUCAAAUUGACCUUAAAAAGGUUUUCAGAGAUCUUCAGAGUUUCGAAGAAGUGAAAUAAGAAGAUUCUACUCUUUUUGUUCAUUAAAAAAAUGAAGUUCGGAACAACUUCCAAAGACUAUUCAGCAAAAAUUGACGAGUAUCAAUUUUUGAAUGAUCGUCAUAGUGUGUUUAAAACGCUAUGGAGUUUCCCGGCACAUAUUCCAUCUAGAGCUUCUCUUAAAUAUUUUAGAUUAGUACAAAGCAGCAGAAGAAUAAUGAGGUUUGAUUAGGGAGAUCCUUGAAAAUUUGCUAGGGCUGUACGUCAACGCACUUGGAAGGGGCGACCGCGAGAAAAAGUUCAAGAGCUGUUGACCUGGAAGAGAAGUUUCUUUAUAAUCUCAAAAACAUUUUAGAAAAAAUAAAUCUUAGUUUUAAGCAAGUUAAUUUGAUGUCAAUGAUGUAAAUCGAGUGUUUUUUUUUUCUUUCAGUGGCCAACCGAGCAGAGAAGCAAUGUAUAUCUUUCCCGUACGAUAUAAAGCCUGAAGACCGACAGAUGCUCCUCCACUGCGAUUUGCUUGUUCCUGGCUUGCCACCAGCUAUUUUCUUUGGGAGUGGAUUUGGUCUUAAGUACGUUUUCUUCUCAGAGGCAUCACAAAUUGAACUCUACAAUUUCCAGAGCCGUCAAGGCCAAAGGGGCGGCGGCCAAGGAUUUCGUCGAUAAAUGCAAUCGGCUCGGACUUUUAAGCAGUGAUCUGCACAUGGCUAUCUCCGCCGACGGAAAAUUCGAUAGGGUCAUUUUUUAUAGUGAAUUCAAUUAUUAAACAUAUCCGCUCGCAUAUUUGUAUUCAAAUAUUAAUUGUUCUGCUUAAAUUUCUGGGUUGAACAUUUAUUGAAGGAUGGUGUGAUCAAGUUCUUCAAGCUCUUUUUUUCAGAGAAAAAAAUUGCCCGCUUUCGCUCUGGCCACCAAUGCGAUGGUUUCUUUUCUUAAAAGAAUGGCCGAAAGUUGGUUUUUCUUUUAAAUUUUUCCUUUUCAGUUCCGAUUAAACUCAGUUACCACUCAAAAAUUCACCAGGGAACAAAUUCUGAAUUUUCUCACACAGACACGUACAAGAAUUUUUUUUAAUUCAAGUAUUUUCUGCAGACGAAAAAAGUAGUUUUCUAAUUAUUUUGUGAAAUUCAGUUCAAGUUUUAUUUUUGAAAUUAGUAUUUUUUUUUAUUUACGUUCAAGAUUUAGUUGACUGGCCUGUGAGAGUUCUCGAAGUUCGUGUCCUGGAGCCUGACACUAUUCAACAGUUCAAAGAUUUGUUCCGCGAGGUUAUUUUUUCACACAUAAAUAGUUUUUUGCAGACCCUACUGCCUGAAAAAAAGUUGUUCACAAAGUUCCCGACGUUUAAUUGCAAUUUUUUCUUUUAGGUUUCGAACGAAGUAUAUCAUCGGUAUCCGGCUCUGCUUCGGCCUCUACCGACAAAGGUUUUUUUUCCAAAAUAUGUUUUGUUGGUCAAAGUCAUACUUUGAAGAAGGAAAAUGCUGCUGAAACGGCUCCUGCACAAGGCAAACCGGCUCCUCAGGCUUCUUUUGCUUUUUCGCAGCCGAAAGACGUACAGAAUAAUGCUCCGAUGAUGAUGAUGCCACCCGGAUUCUUUCCUCCUCCUCCCCCUCCGCACUUCGAGGGAAUGCCGCCGAUGAUGCCUCCUUUCUAUCCUGGCUUCCCUUAUCCGAUGACUUCCAAUCAACAAGAAUCCGCCAGUUCGUCAAACAUGAUGCCGCCUGUUGUCGACCCAACAGCCGAGCUUCGAAGGGCCGAGGAAAUUAUAAAACUCAAAGAGCAAGAGAUGAAACUGCGCAUGGAGGAAGAGCUGGCUCAGAAACGCAAGGAGCUGGAACAGGAAAUCCGCAAAAAGGUUAUCGAAGAAGAGCGCGCGAAGCUUCAUUACGAGCUGGCAGCAAUGAAAAACGCAGCUGUCGCUUACUCUCCAUCCGUUCCACCACCUUCGAUGAACCUUCCACCCCCUUCAAUGGUUCUCCCUCCGCCGUCAAUGGUUCUCCCCCCGCCGUCAAUGGUUCUACCACCUACAAACGUUCCGCCGCCUAACUUUGUAGUUGUGCCGCCUGUAUCCUUGGUGCCUAACCCUACAACCUCUCAGCAACAACAGCAGCAGUCGGAUCAGAUGAAACGUGUGAACAGCUUGAUGCAGGAGCUGGAACGAAAAUUGAUGGAGCUGCGACAGAAGGGCGAUUCUGCAACUCUAACAAGAAUAUUCAACUCGAGAGCCUUCCAUUAUGUCUCAAGCGUGGGGUCUGGCAACGUACCCGCGAUGCGAGUCGAAGAACAAGUCAAACUUGCCGAUGAACUGAGUCUUCUGCUGGCCGAGUGUUACCAAGUCGACACGGCUCCAACGGCCUCCACUUUGGUUGCUCCAACGCAGACUCAGCCCAAGACCGACACAACCAGAGUUCACGUCGGCAACAUGACUCUGCGGCCUUUGACGGGUUUCGAACAGCGGAGACUGGUUGCUGGAGACAAGGUCAUCGCUCAAGACAUGAAGAACGGCAAAUGGACCUUGGCGAGUGUAAUGAAGGUCUCCGGUGAGCGAGUCACCCUCUCCGUCCAAGGAACUGCUUGGAGGAAGAACAUGAACGAGCUCUACAUCGAGGAGGAUUAGUCGAGCUUUGUAUUGAUUUUUUUUGUUUCCAAGGCCUUAUGGCCCUUACGAUUUUUGUCAUUUCUUUCCUUAUCCUGACGUGUUAUAAAAAAAUUUCCUAAUAAAAAUUAUUCAUUUAUCUAAUUCAUAUGGUUUAUUAAAAAUCAAAGUUGAGUCUUCAUUGGAAUUACAUGAAAGAAUUUGCGAAGAAGGAUUUUUCAAAAAGCUUUUCAGGAGGUGACGCUGAGAUACUGCAAAGCUCGGUUCGUUUGUGACUGUUAUCUUAAUUUUCUAGGAAAAAAGCAAACGAAAAGAUUUGGUUGCGUGAAAGCUUUUAUCGAAGUAAAUCGUCAAAGUAUAGUUCAAUCACCGCUAUUUCGAGAAAUUUUAGUUUCUGUAGUGUUUUCUGAAGGCGAAUGGAUUAUAUUUUAAUUACCUCAUGAUUUCAUCUGACCGUGAGGUGUGAAAAAUUUCAAAUAAAAUUUAUUCACGGAUGACAGAUCACAAGGAGCACGUCAAUUUCGUCGUCAAUCUUUUUUUUUAUCGUUCAGAAACUCAUUUAUAAUUUUAAUAUUCGCUCAGACGUACCGGUCAGACCUUUAUCUAUGUAAAAAAAACGAACUAAAAAACGUAUUUCCAAAAUAAAAAAUCUUUUCUUUCAUAGGCCACGUCGGCAGUCUUCGACGCUAUAAUUUUUGCUUUUCCGUCGUUUCUCACAUUUUUGAAAGGAAUGUUGAGUAGCGAGAGUCGCAGUGACGAUGAAAUCGUGAGUCCCUUCUCACAUCGUUUUCCCACAAGCCUUGAAGUUGAGGUUCAUCGGGACGUCGUCCUUCAAGUUCCGGUUGGUUCAAUGGCUUCUGCAGCUCUGAAACGCGGACGUUUAUUUGGGUUAAUUUUAUCAGAAUCUUUUCUAGAAAUAAGAGAUCUCACCGAAACUAUGGAAAAAAAUAUACAUAUAUGAAUAGUCGUUAUAAUUAAAAAACAGUGAAAAAUAAAAACUCUCCGCCAGUUCAGAACAGUGCUUUCUACAAAUGCUCAAAAGGAAAAAAUAGCUGUUCCCCCUGCUAAGCCUCCAGUUCAUUUUAAAUCAAAGGUAAGGGAUUGUCCUUUUUAUGAAUGUUCACUUUGAAGGCCUCAACUUUUCUGCGGAUGAAGUUAACAGGCGUAUAGCUAGUUGACCACUGGCUUGAGACCAAAAAACUGAACCAGAAUUCGUUAUCCAGGCCCUAUUAGACUCAUAUUUUUUAAAUGACUGACUUCCAUUUUUUUUUUUUGGUAUAAUUUUUCUUUAAGCUAGCCGAUAAUGAAGUUUAUUUUGCAGUGGUUAAAACUGGAUUUCUUUGACCUUUACACUCGUGGACUCACCCAAAAGUUAUUUAGAUAAAAAGCAAUUUAACUACUAUACUUGAAAAUUAAAUAAUUAAUAAAAAUCGAAACUCUAGCUUUCGAGACAAUGUUCAAAAGAAUAAAACUGUGAUUAACGUCGCAUAUUUAAUAAAAUCCUCGAAGAAUCAGCCUCAAUCGAGAAAGAAAGCAGUAUUGGACCGGACGAACAUCGUUUUGUCAGAAAUGGCGGAAGUUUUCGGCUGCUCAGUUCUUCACCAAACAGGUUUUCGAAAGACCUGAAUGAUAAAAUCAAGAAAAAGCACCACCAGUUCGAUCGAAUUUCGACGGAAGCACAUAUCUGAUCAGUGGUUUUGACCGCAUUCCUUCUUGUAUUUUUGGUGGCCGGCUUAAGCUUCUCGAUUCUGAUGUUGAUGAUCCGUGAGUUUCAUUUACGAUUUCUCAUUUUCAGAUUCUGUAAUCUGUCAAUGGUUGUAGCUAGUAGUAGUAUAGCUUUUUAAUCGGGAAAUCUCGUUAACAAUAUUGCGAAUUAAAAAAAAAUUCACAUAUAACGUUUUUAAUAUCCUUUUUUAUAUCAGAAAAAACUUUUUAAGAAGACUUUUCUCGCAAGAAAGAAGUUUUCAUUUGCAAGUUUUAACUUAGAAUCAAUACUUUAUGGCCCGUUUUUCUUAUUCUCACUUUUUAGACCAACGGAAGCUUUCUUCACAACUGUCCGAAACCAGUUUCUUUGCUCUUUCAAGAGGAUUUUGCACCCGCGAUUGUUCAGCAGAAUUGCAAAUUUCGCGGAUAACGGCGCUGAUAAGGUAUGCUUUUAUCAAUUCUCAAAUUUAGUGUUGACGGAAGUUGGAAAAUUAUGAAAUAUAUUUGGAGCUUUCAGACUUGGCGGAUUGAGUUUUUCAAGAGCGCCCAAUUCAGGGAAAUGGUUGAACGUUGCACGAAUGUUCUGAAACGUGGUGCGUCAUAAGUUUCAAGACUUUGUUUUUUAAAUCUUUUUUUCAAUAACAGAUCGCUGGUCGCCGCUGUUUCAUGUUUCCGGCGAACAGUGGAAUCCCUACGACAAGAAUAUUUCCGUCUUAAGGUACCUUUUUUUUAAAGUUUUUUUCAGAGAUUUAUGAGCAUCAGUUACAAUAUUCAUAAUUGGUGAAAAAUUUUUUUGAUCUGAGCUCCUUUAUAUCAAGGAAUAAUAAGUUGCCUAAAUCGAUAAACCUUAGAAGUAGAGAUAAAAAAACCUUAAAAUCGCGACACCCGAGAAAAUUUCAAUGACAGUUUUUUUCGAUUUUUAAGUUCUGUUUUUUUGUUAUAGGGAUAUAACUUUUUUUAUGAGAUUUUUUUCGGACACUUUCUUUUUGGAAGAGCUUUUUCAGAUUUUUUUCUAUAGAAAAAAAGGUCAUUUUUUUCGAUAAGUCUCCUUUUUUUCAUUUUUUUGAACUUUCUUUCUGAUUUAUCUUUGUAUUCGAUUCCCAGGACGCAGUUGUUCAAAUCUCUGGAGAGCGAAGCGAAUUCUUUCUGGACAAAGGAGCGAAUCGCAAAGUUUGGUGACCCUUAUUGA